AUGUCGCAUCUCCGCGUACAGGAAGGCGAGGAGGAAGACGCGAUCUCCGUCGCACGCCCCUCCAGUAUCCGACGUGGAAGCGGUCGCUCCUCCGCCAGAAACUCACUCAACAUGACAUGGCCCCUCAGAUCAAGUCUGGAUGACCACCCGACCGGCAACACCACCAGCACAUCUGCACACAGCGUAAAUCAGACAAUUGUACCCAUCGCCACAGUUGGCGCAGGAACAGCAUACCCGACAAAGUCAUCACUACAGCAGCCAUCACCACAGCUACCUGAAGGGCAACAUCAAACCGAACCAGAGGUCGUGGUAGCACCACGGAAAAAGGUCGUCAGUUUUUUCACUGCAGAAGACGACGCUGCAGACGACGAGGUCGACGAGGAUGGUUAUGAUGAUGGCGAGGCGAGGGCUGCCAUUGAUGCCGAGGUUGAGGCAGAGGCAGAUUAUGAGGUGGUACGCACUGCAGAUAACUUUCAACUCGGAUUCGAUAACCUGGACCAACCAGAAGCACACUCAGAUACAGAGGACGACCCUGUCGAGGAGUACUACGACAACGACGGUGUAAAGGACACCACACAGAGCGAAAGCAAGAAAGACCAAGAGCGACUAGACCGAUUCAUGCAACCAACCUCGAACUCGGAUGAGGGCGUUCUAGAAUUGAACCGAGAGCGUAUCGAUUGGCAGAGUAUGUUGCAGUCCGUCUUGACAGGAGAGGUCUUCAGUAUCGAGAACAAGCGACUCGAGGAUCCCAACUUUGAGAUCCAACCCGCCAUCAAGCACCAGAUCUGGCUCGGGCUUCGGGCAAACCUUCACGCUCGGCCUGCUGGUGACGAAGAACGCUUUGUCGAGACGGCCAGGGCCCAGGCGGACUCCUAUCUUCAGGAAGUCAUGGAUUUCAGAGUCGACCCCAACAGCGAAGCUUCGCCACUCGAACAGGUCCUCAAAGUCUUGCUUAAAGUCGACAUGGUCGAGGGGCUCUAUCCCAAGAACGCCGCAAUCGGUGUGGACAAGCCACUCUAUAACUCGGCCAAAUUCCAGUACCGUUUGAGUGCGCUGAAUGCGUACGCCAGCGUCAUGAAGAAGAUGAAGAUCCAAACCAAGAUUCUCAGGAACUGGACAGGAAGCGAUACGCUCGAAGUCACGCGCACCAAGGACUCGAGUCAGGAGGUCUCCUUUGUGGAUCGCUUGCUCAAGGAGAACGGGUUGGAGAGGACCUUUAAGAAGAGCACGCUGAGCUCACUUCGCAAGGCUAUGAUUCAAAUCAAAGCAACGAUGAUCGAGAACGCAGUGGCAUUUGCGAGCAUGGGUCUUGUGCCAACGAUGAGCGAGCUUCAAAGGCUAGUUCGAUUUCCGUCGACGCUGAUGCAGGAAUGUCUGCGACUGCGCUUGGAGUAUGCUGAUCGUGUUACUGUGCCGACCUUGCCCAACGUUGAUCAGAUGUUGGAUGAUUUCAAGACUUCGCUGUUCCUCGCCUGUCAGAUCAAGUACGACUAUGAGGUUCUCGAGAGCGCUGAGGAUGGCUGGUAUCUGGAACCCUGUAUCGAUUCAGCGUACGAGAAAGUCUUGAAGCUGUCUCUCCAGUUCUACUUCAAGCUCUUGUCGUGGAAGGUCGAGUACUGGGGACAGUCCAGGAAGUACACGGAUUCAGUGCUGGAUCUGGAGUGGGAGAGUCUUAGCUCUCUUGGCCAGCAGAUCGAUGGAAUCGGCCUGGACACAGCGGAACAACUCUGCUUCCUUACGAGCAAGUCGACAACAUUCUUGUUCAAGCACUUGCUGGACCAGAUGAAGGAGCGACCAGAAUUACCUCAGACUGCAGGAGAAGUGACCAAGGUCUACGGCAAGGUUCUGGAGAAUGUGCGAUUCAGAGCCAACAGGCUGAGGCGAUUUACCAGAACUUUGACUGACACGUUCGAGAAUACGGCAGAGUACUUGUUGGACAAGAAGAAGGGCGACACUUUGGCAGCGUUGAUGACCAGACUGGCGGAGACCAACCAUGUCAUGAUCUACACCAACAAUGUCGAGAAUCAGGGCACCUACAUCAUUGUCGAGCACAAGGUCGCUGAGAGCGCGAUGUACCUGUCACACACCCUCCGCUCAUGCUUCGAACAGGCAGGAUCAGGGUACAUUCUCCUCUUUACUCCGCGCGACAAGUUCUUUUGGGGCGGCCAGAUCCUUCACCUUGACAGCUUUCCAGGAAUCGACGACCUCGACCUCAAGCCAGGUCGUGUCCGACUGAUCUCUGAGCGCGGUAGCUUGCUCGAUUCUUGUAAAAAGCGCUUCAGCAAGUUUGCAGAUCCCUAUGGACUGGAGAUCAUCACAGAGAGUCGUGCCAACGUGGCAGCAUUGAACAAGGAAUUGAACAAGACCAAGAAGGCGGCUUACAAGUUGGCGGAUACCAUUGUCCAGUCGGUGACGGUCCUCCGCAAGAUCACCAUGAAGGUUCCAAACUGCCAGGAUCUCGUUCAGCCCUUCUUCCGUUUCGCCUCUGAUUACGGACUCACCUCGCUCAGUUCCAUGGAGGGACUGCCACGAUCCCAGUUUAACUUGAAGCUGCUCCGCCUUUCUAUCGACUGGGUCAGCUUUGUCUGCGAUGACUGUGACCAAACGGACCGUCAGACCUUCCGAUGGGCAAUGUCGGCUCUUAAUUUCGCGAUGAAGAUGACCAAAGGCAACAACAUCCUGGCCUUGAAUGAUUCUGAAUUCUCUUGGCUGAGGAACAAAAUCGCUGGCUGCAUGACGUUGCUGAUUUCUCACUUUGAUAUCCACGGGGCCCGAUCGCAGAGCGAGUCCUUGAGUGAUGGACGACAGAAGCAAAAACCCAAAGACCAGACACGGCUCCUCGAGGAGAUUGCCAGCAUCUUCAAGCUUGCUACCGCCAACGAGCCUGUUCUUUCGGACGACGCGGCAAAGAAUCAUCGCGCACAAAUCGAGAAGCUGUGCACACUGGAGAAGGUCAGGACAGAGCGCGAGCAGGAAAUCAAGGUGGUUGGCAAGGUUCUGGAUGAUCAAAAACCCGAGGAUCGGUCGCUGGUGUUCCUGGCGGCACUCUCGGACUCUGUAGCGAUUCGCUGGCAGAUGCACAAGUACAUUGGAUCAGGAACGUUCGGUACUGUCUACCUGGGCACCAAUUCGGAUACAGGAGAGCUGAUUGCAGUCAAGGAGAUUCGGUUCCAGAACGCGUCCAUGUCGCUUGUCAAUUCGAUCCACGACGAGAUGAAGGUGAUGAAGAUGUUGCACCACCCCAACAUUGUGCGGUACGACAACAUUGAGGUCCAUCGACACAAGGUCUUCAUUUUCAUGGAGUUCUGUCAGGGGGGCAGUUUGGCUGAUCUGUUGGAGCACGGCAGGAUCGAGGACGAGAAGGUCAUCAAGUUCUAUACGCACCAGAUGCUGAAGGGGUUAGCAUAUCUUCAUGGCGAGAACGUCGUUCAUCGCGACGUCAAGCCUGAUAACGUGUUGCUCGACCAUAAUGGGAACAUCAAGUUUGUGGACUUUGGAGCGGCCAAGAUCCUUGCCAAGAACCAGAGGACGCGGACUCGUGGAGGCGCAGUUACAAUGAGUGUCGGAGUCGGAGCCAACUCGCUGAACGGAACACCCAUGUACAUGGCGCCCGAGGUGAUCAAGAACGGCGAAAAGGGCCGCAAAGGAAGCAUGGAUAUCUGGUCGCUCGGAUGUUGUGUUCUGGAAAUGGCUACUGGACGGCGACCCUGGGCACAUCUGGACAACGAGUGGGCAGUCAUGUACCACGUCGCGACUUCUCAUCCUCCCCUGCCGGAUCCGUCGCAGAUGAGUGCCAGGGGGAUCUCAUUCUUGAAGAGGUGUUUUACUCGCAGUGCGCAUGAUCGUCCUUCGGCGGUUGAGCUGCUGCGUGAUGAGUGGCUCCGGGGUGUGGAUACGGACGAGAACCGGGACAGGUAUGAGGGGUAUGACGAGUCCGCUGCGGUUGAGCUGCUUAGCAAUAUCAGCGAUGGGGAGACCAGUACGGUUGCGACGACGCCUGGUAGUCAUUAUGGCGAUCAUGAUGAGUUCUCGGCGGCUUAUUCUGCGUCCUCAAAUGUCGCUUUGGUUGCUAACCGGCCAGAGGAUGACUUGGGCGACGAUCUGCCCAACGGGGUCGGAUCUGGUUCUGGUUCUGGUCAUCCCAAGUUCAAGUCACCGGAUAUUGUUGUCGAGCCGUCGCAAAUGACUGAAGGUGUUGUUGCCAACGAGACUACAGUGGUCGUGGCCAUUGAUAGUGAUCGGAUUGAGGUGCCCAGUCGGUCUGGAGCCUUGAGUCCUGUGAGCGCCGCAGACUCGAACGUCUCGGACAAUCAGUCUGAGGUCGGCUCAGAGGUGGAGCUUAUGCUGAGUGCUGUUCGUGAGCGGGAGGAGACGUCUCGACAGUCCUCGCUGCAAUCGUCGCCUAUACCCGCGCAAGCAUCAUCGUACCCUUGGCAUGGUGAUACUACCUCUUCGAUUACCAGCGGUGGCGACGACGGCGGCAGUCAACACGGCGGGUUCCAUAUUGUGGGGGGCAGUAUCAAUGGGUCGAUGAGCCACCAGAGUCUGCCGUCUCUUUCCUCCGUCCUCGCGUCGGCUUCUGCGACGGCGUCCGUAUCCCUCGACGCGUCACAGAUUGCGGAAAUUGAAGAACAGGGAGGGUUUGCUCGCCAGAUGGGGUUGGACUCUUAUGACUGCUUUGGAUCUAACGAGAGGGAGGAGCGGUCGUUGAUGUCGCCUGUGUUGUCGAUGCGGAUGAUGGACGGUUCUGGCGAGGAUGAGAAUUCGAGUGCUAACGAUUGUGCCAAUGCGGCGACGGCGGCCGUUCAGAUGGAGGGAGGAGGAAUAGGCGAUGGCCCCAUGUUCGUUAUGAUGACUCGUCAGGACUCGGAUGGGUCGUCGUCCGUAGCCGACUCUCUCCAGGACGUAUCUCUCUUCCCCUAA